CCCGCGCUCCCCUCCCACCCCGGACGUCUCCAAGCCGUGGCUCCGGCUGUUUUGCCUUUUUCUGAUAUUACCUCCGCUGCUGCCUCGUUCCUUACCUCCUUCGUCAGGCGGGUGUCUGCGAGGGCUGGAGGUGUGGCGGUGACAGCGGCGGCGGCAGUGAAAUGGAGUUCGGGGCUGGCGGCCGAAACUGUGUUCGCGGACAGGGGGUAGGACCCCCGAGCAUUCCACCGCCCCGGGAGCAGGAGCGGAAGCUGGAGCAGGAGAAGCUGUCCGGGGUGGUAAAGAGCGUCCACCGGCGGCUCCGCAAGAAGUACCGGGAAGUGGGAGAUUUUGAUAAGAUCUGGCGAGAACAUUGUGAGGAUGAGGAAACACUUUGUGAAUAUGCUGUUGCAAUGAAAAAUUUGGCAGAUAAUCAUUGGUCAAAAUGUUGUGAAGGUGAAGGUCGUAUUGAAUGGUGUUGUAGUGUAUGCAGAGAGUAUUUCCAAAAUGGUGGGAAGAGAAAAGCACUUGAGAAAGAUAAAAAAAGAGCAGUACUUGGCACUAAGAGCACUCCAGCCUUAAAUACAUAUGAGUCGUCUAAACUCGAAGGUCAUUCAACCAACCUUAGCUUUACAAAUUCUGAAAUUAUAACUGAGUUGCUACAAACCUCAGGAAAGAUCAGAUUACUUGAUGUUGGCAGCUGCUUUAACCCAUUUAUGAAGUUUGAAGAAUUUCUAACUGUUGGCAUAGACAUUGUACCUGCUGUAGAGAGUGUAUAUAAAUGUGACUUCCUGAACUUGCAGCUUCAGCAACCACUCCAGCUUGCACAGGAUGCUAUAGAUGCCUUUUUGAAGCAGCUGAAAAACCCUAUUGAUUAUCUUCCUGGAGAACUUUUUCAUGUGGUUGUUUUCUCUCUCCUUCUUUCUUAUUUUCCAUCACCUUACCAGAGAUGGAUUUGCUGCAAGAAAGCCCAUGAACUGUUAGUGUUAAAUGGUUUAUUGCUUAUCAUCACACCUGACUCCUCCCAUCAGAACCGUCAUGCUGUGAUGAUGAAAAGUUGGAAGAUUGCUAUAGAGUCCCUGGGCUUUAAACGUUUCAAGUAUUCAAAAUUUUCACACAUGCAUCUGAUGGCAUUUAGAAAAAUAUCCCUAAAAACUACAAGUGACUUGGUUAGUAGGAACUACCCAGGGAUGUUAUAUAUUCCUCAAGAUUUCAACAGUAUAGAAGAUGAGGAAUAUUCCAACCCUUCUUGCUACAUUCGAUCAGAUAUAGAAGAUGAACAAAUGGCAUAUGGUUUUGCAGAGCUCCCUGAUGCUCCAUAUGACUCAGAUUCUGGAGAAAGUCAAGCCAGCUCUGUUCCUUUCUAUGAGCUAGAGGAUCCCAUAUUACUUUUAAGUUAAUAUAAAAGCAAAAGGCCCUUUCAGUCCAAACUCCUAAACUAGUUGCUUACACUAAUCAGAAAUACUACCAUGAACUCAGUAC